AUGACUUUUGCUUCUUCCUCUGGUGACGAAGUCUCUUAUGUGAAAUCUCGAGCACCUCGUGGACCCACCAGUGAACGAGGAUUUAUCGGCAGAGAAGCUAUACGAGAACGAUAUCUUGCUGAAAAGGCAUCAAAAGAAUUAAAUACUUCAUCGAAUAAUCAUAAUAAUCACCAUAUUAAUAACUAUAAUCCGCAAAUCGAUGAAGAACAUAAUGGUUCAAAAAAUGGAUUGGGAGAUUUCGAAUAUCAUCAAAAAGGAUUUGAUCUUCAA